AUGAUUCGCAAAUUGAUAAUUAUGAUGCGACCACGCCAAUCUCCUGGCUUAAUCAAGGCGAUUCUUGCGCAUAAUGAGCGGAACAAUUCACAUUACGUCGCCGGAAACAAAAAUGACAAGACGAAACUCGAUGUUCUUGCUGUUCAAAAUCUUCUUGGCAAUCACCACUUCCGAAACAUCAUUGAAUUGAGGGUUUGCGAGAAAGAAGUUAUUCGACUAUUCGACAAUUUCGUGUAUCGAAUAACUAUAUGA